UUUGCUCGGUUUAAAGGUGACAUGAGGAGUCUAUUAUUCCGCACCAACCCCCGAGUCUCCGAGCCAGACGGAGCUCUCUGAAUCUCUCAGCUGGUCCGCAGAGGAACUUUGUUCAUGUUCAUUUUGUUGUUGUGAUUUGCGCCGGUAGCUCCAUCACACCGAAAGGAUGCGCGGAUUUAUCUGCACGCGCUGAGGAUUUUAUUUAUUUAUUUAUUUAUUUUUGAUGACCCUUGACGGAUCCUUUAUAGCCGACAGAACAGCCUGCCUCCUGCCAUGUCGUGGUUCCUGUGUUUGUGGAUAGCUGUUAGCUGCCUCGUGCUCUGCCAGGCCACUCUGUACGAGACCAUCCAGCAGCACCACGUGCCUCGACCGGGCCGCAACGCCAUCCAGAUCCUCGAGGGCGGGACGUGUGAGGUGAUCGCAGCUCAUCGGUGCUGCAAUAAGAACCGCAUUGAGGAACGCUCUCAGACGGUCAAGUGCUCGUGUCUGCCGGGAAAAGUGGCAGGAACGACACGCAACAAGCCCUCCUGCGUGGACGCCUCCAUCGUGAUUGGGAAGUGGUGGUGUGAGAUGGAGCCGUGUUUGGAAGGAGAGGAGUGCAAGACGCUGCCGGAUAACUCGGGCUGGAUGUGUUCCUCUGGGAACAAGAUCAAAACCACCAGGCUAAACUGAGCCGCGGCGAGUCCGGAUCAUUCUCAUCACACUGUCCA